AUGAAGUUUCAAUACUUGUUAGCUGCUUUCACUGCGACUGCGCUCGCUGCGCCGUCACUCGAGCGACGCGAUGGCGGCCACUUUGGCGAAGGGCAGCCUAUUGACGCCAAAGGCAACGGCGGCCCUAUCAAUGGCGGUACCAACCAGCUCGUCGAUAAGCAGAACCCCGACAACCUUGGUCAGCAGUCCACGGACGCCGGCACCGUGCCCAACUUGAAGUGGCGAUUUUCGGACUCCAAGACCAAGAUCUUCAACGGCGGUUGGGUUCGUGAACAGGUUAUUGGUGACUUGCCUGCUAGUCACGACAUUGCCGGAGCUCAACAGCACCUCAAGAAGGGCGCGGCGCGUGAGCUGCACUGGCACCGUGUUGCCGAAUGGGGCAUCGUGUACAGCGGUAGCAUCCUCAUGACUGCCGUGGAUGAGAAUGGCGUUUACCAGGCCGAGAAGCUCAACUACGGCGAUAUUUGGUACUUCCCCAAGGGUGUUGCCCACACCGUCCAGGGUCUUGAGGAGGACAACGAAUUCCUCUUGAUCUUUGACGAUGGCGACUUUGACCGCGUCGGAACAACCUUCAACCUCGAUGAUUGGGUUGCGCGCACCCCGACAAACAUCUUGGCCAAGAACUUUGGUGUCGACGAGUCCGUCUUCAAGAAUGUUCCUCAGAAGAACCCCUACAUUGUCAACGGUACCGUCGCUACCAAGACCAUUUCUGGCGCCGUCACCCCUUCUGCGACCGGCAAAAGCUCGUACAUCUACCGCACCCUCGAGCACAAGCCUGAGAAGAUUGGCGGCAGCGGCGGCGAGUUCUACAAGAUUGACUCGACCAACUUUCCCAUUGCAAAGACGAUUGCUGCCACAUUUGUCACUCUCAAGCCUGGCGCUCUUCGUGAACUGCACUGGCACCCCAAUGCCGAGGAGUGGUUGUACUUCCACAAGGGCAAUGCCCAGGCUACCGUCUUCAUUGGCAACGGCAACUCUCGCACCUUUGAUUUCAGCGCCGGUGAUACUGCUGUUUUCCCUGACAACUCUGGCCACUACAUUGAGAACACCUCCAAGACCGAAGAUCUCGUCUGGGUCGAAAUCUACAAAUCUGACCGCGUUGCCGACAUUUCCCUGUCUCAGUGGCUGGCUCUCUCUCCUCCUGAGAUUGUGUCCCAGGUUCUAAAGGUCCCUGUUGAGUUCGCUGAGCAGAUCAAGAAGGAGAAGCAGGUCCUAAUCGCCUAAUUGCCGUCAUGCACUACUCUACAACCCAAUGUUGUCCGCUACUUUCUUCCCAUUCU